UUUGUCGCCGCUUUAGUAGCGUUCCAACCUUCUGUCACUUGAGAAGCUUCACCAUCCACAAGAUGCUUUUAAUUCAGGCACUGGCUACACUUUUGCCACUUUUGCUGCAAGCCAGCAUUGCUGCCGCCACACAGUCUGAAUUUGCUGAUUUGCCAGCCAAUAUGAGAGAACAGCUGAGUCCCCGUUUGCUGUACAGGAAGGCGAGUGGCGUCCAGCCUUAUUACAAGGACCCUGUCAAGAGUGUUCGUAAUUUGCUAGAUAAAUUGCAGCUUAAUCAUCUUAAUUACGAGAUAAUUAGAGCCACACAGACCUCCACAGCUGAACUGCUCUUUGAAAUGAGAUCAUAUGAGCAGGCAAUUGAGAUUGCCACGGCCUGGACGAGGAAAUUGAGGUACAAUGCAGAGCACGGAGUGGCAGACACAUGCCCGAGAAGUGCCCCCUCCUGUGUGAGCAAAGAUUUUGAGCUGAAGCAAACCGAAAGGGAUUUCUAUGUGGGCGGUGCCACCUACAGAAUGGGGAGACCAUAAUGGAACUGUGUAUUGUUUUCGAUGAAAGUUUGCUAUCUUAUCGCUAAUAAAAGUAACGAUUGCUGCUA